UCUAACGUCGCAUAUUUUUGCAAUGAAGAAAAUCAAACUGCCGACCCCAAUUAGGAAAAUUCCGCAUCAUAAAUGUGGUCUCCCUAUUCAAGGAGAAAGCUUGGCUUAUCGCAUCCACAGCGGUUUAUUCGUGGGACUUCGUCGUCGAAUAUGGAAAUGGAAAACAAUCAACAACUCGAUCCUUGAAAGUAAGACAAUUUUCAAAUCCACUGCCCAAAUGUACAUCGAGGAACAACGGCAUUUUUAUCGCCAUCGUUGGAAGAUACAUCCCUACAGUCAAGCUCGCUUGGUGUGGGAAAUGUUCAUGAUUCCAGUCUUUCUCUCACUGUUUGUUGUAAUCCCAGCGGUGAUAUCAUUUUCAAAAGUUGAAGGAUCCACGUUGAUUCUUUUUUACGUAAAGUUCGGCUUAGACAUUAUAUCUUUCGUGGACAUAGUCCUCAAUUUUUUCACCGGAUAUUACGACGAAAAGCAGCAGAAAAUUGUGUUAGGGUCUAAAGAAAUUGCAAAGCAUUACAUUUGUCGAUAUUUUAUCUUCGAUAUUGUUUCUUCCUUUCCGUUUCAUAUGAUUUUGCACUGGCAUAAACAAGACCAAGACAAUAUGUGGGAAUUGCUCAAUUUACUAAAAGUAGUGCGUUUACCGACACUUCUUAAUUACUUACGCAAACUAGGAGAGAGGGUAAAAUUUCUUUCGUACUCCAUGAAGUUUAUGUGCUUCUUUUUAUGGGUCUCGGUUUUAUUAGUUUGGACUACGAGUUUUCUUUUCGUAGUAGUUAAAAUAAUACAUGCUCGUCCUAUAUUGUUAAGAAGAGUUAAGGACGCUCCGAUGCUUAUGACCUUUUUUCGGGUUGUGAGAUGCACUAUGUUGGUUGGUGUAAGUGAGCAAGUAAACACCAACACUUUGGUAAUGAUUAUCCAAAUCGUUGGUUUUGUUGCUGGAGCUAUUUUGCAGAUUGUUAUAUUAUCUAAAUUAAUGCAGUUGUUUCAAAAGCGUUCCAGUUCAACAAGCAAAUACAAAAAUCUUAUCGAGGAAAUCGGGGAAUACAUGAAAUACAAGGAAUUGCCAACACAGCUGAAAGACAGAAUUUUGAAAUACGUCGAAUUCAAGUUCCAGAAGCACAUCUUCCGAGAAGAAGACGUUUUGAGUAACUUAUCCUCCGUUUUGAAGCAAGACAUUUUAAUACAUCGAUGCCAGAAAAUGGUCGAAAAYGUGGAAUUCUUCAAGGAUUUGCCCACUCAUGUCUUYCURAGAAUCGUGACAAAAUUGCGCUCGGAGAUUUUUUUGCCCAACGAUGUCAUCGUUUUGGCCGGAUAUGCCGGACARGCGAUGUAUUUUAUCUACAUGGGAACGGUUGCUGUUUACACAGGAAACGGAAAAGAGAUUUGUCACUUGGAAGAUGGUAGCCAUUUCGGUGAAAUCGCUUUGGUAAUUAAUGAACCUCGAGUUGCCACUGUGAUCGCCGUCAAAGAAUGCGAAUUGUUCAAGUUGAGUCGAAGAGAUUUUCAAGAGGCAAUAGAACCGUUUCCUGAACUCAACAAAAAAAUUCGACAGUUGGCAAUGAGCAGACUUGAAAGCACUUUGCAAAUUUUGUCGGAGAAUAAUGAGGAAAUUCGAAUACAGCAUACUUCAAUGAUGGAAACAGAGGAGGAUGAAGUGAUUGAUACUGUUUCGAUUUAACUUGAAAAAUAAUGUUAAUGUUAAUUAGUUUUAUAAAAUAUAAUAUGACAAAUCCAUGCAAGUAAAGUAGCAUGAAUACCUAAGAGCUAAAAAAAUUAGGGAGAUUUUAUAUUUCAGUUUGUUUUUACUUAUUUGUCAUAGUUUUUGACAUAUGUUAUUAUUUUC